CUUCCCUCCUGCUAUGUCCCGACUGUGCUGCAUCUGAUGCUCACAACAGCCAUUCUGACCUCUUUUAUCCCGCAAUGGUGACGAAGACACAUUGUCUUUUUGCAAAAAAAAAAAAAAAAGGCUCGAAUUACCGUGGCAAGCCCAGGUGGUCAUUGUCAUUUCUUUCGCUCAGGAGCGGCAGCAUAACUCUCGGCUGCCACUUGUUAGGUGUCGCUAGCAAGGCCGAAUUCUCUAUCGCGCCAAUCCACCCCAAGCUGCCCGUCUUCAUCGCAAUUAGGUACCGUUCUGUACCUCGCGCGAGGAAGUAACUGGAUUGUUCUUUUAUCAAACCAAAAACGCACCGGCCGAUCAGUGUUUACUGUUAUUUGGAGACAAGUGAGACAGCAACAACUAGAAUCUAGUGGUACGCGUAGCCUGGGAGCGUGUGGCGACGAGAUCAAAGCACUUCAAUUCUAGUCACUUCGGACGCCGCUCAACUGCCCAACUCAACAAAUCCAUCAUCCUCCACAAACAAAAUCCAGAAUGCCUCCGAGAUUACGCACGGCGCUCGCUUUGGGAGCGACGUCGCUUCUUUGGCUCGCUUCCGUGUCGGCCAACUACACGACCUACGACUCAAUGAGGGCGCAACUCGCUUUGAUGGAUGAUAGGCCAAAGGAUUGCCCGCCAUGCUUCAACUGUCUGCUUCCGGCUUACACGUGCGGGCAAUACGGCGGCUGUAACGAAUACGAUGGCACCUGCCGAUGCCCCGAAGGCUACGGUGGUUUGGACUGCAUGGAGCCUCUCUGCGGAUCUCUUGCGCGCGGCAAAGAUCGACCUAUGAGGAGCGGCGACCAGUGCUCCUGUGACGAGGGAUGGACGGGUAUAAACUGCAACGUUUGCACCGAAAACAAGUACUGCGAUGCUCUCAUGCCAGAGAAUGAAGGCGGAGUAUGCUAUCAAAUGGGCGACGUCGUCAACCAUAACUACCAGAUGUGCGAUGUCACCAACAAGCCAAUUCUUGACAUGCUCGGCGGCCGCAAGCCUCAGGUCACCUUUGAUUGCGACAAGGCAUCUGGCGAGUGCGACUUUCAAUUCUGGAUUGACCAAAAGGAGUCCUUCUACUGCCACUUGAACAAGUGCGAUGCAUCUGCCGAGUUUGACGAGUCGCGAAACAGCACGAAUUAUGACUGCGGCAAGGUCAACUGCAGCUGCAUUCCUGGGCGAUUUCUCUGUGGCGAAUCGGGGUCUGUUGAUAUCGGCGAUUUCUUGGAUCAAGAGAUCAAGGGUCCGGCAACUUUCAAGUGCCUGCAAAAAACCGGAGAUAAGAACAACUGCGACUUUGACGAGGCUGCAAUGAACGACCUGGUUAGCAGUAUCUUUGGCGACAAGACCAUCACACUCUCCUGUCGGUCUGGAGAGUGUCUCUAUCACACGCAGGUUCCAGGAUACAAGCGGCCCGUUUCCAAGAUCAACACCCCUCUCAUCGCAGGCGUCAUCGCCAUGUGCUCGAUCUUCGUGGCGGUAACCAUUAUAAUUAUUUGGUACCUGUCUCGACGCAAGUUUAGAUACGGCCCAAUCCACUUGGAUGAUUCGGACGACGAACAAGUGAAGCUCAUGGCUGACCACAAGCCUGCUUCCCUUUAUUUUGAGAAUGUCUGUUAUGGCCUCAACGGUCGGCAAAUUCUCUCUGAGAUCCAGGGAAUGGCACAUCCUGGAGAGAUAACUGCCAUUAUGGGAGCCUCGGGUGCCGGGAAGACAACUUUCCUUGACAUCCUCGCCCGCAAAAACAAAAGGGGUGUCGUUGGCGGCGAUUUCUUUGUCAAUGGAGAAAAGGUCAAUGAUACAGACUACAAGAAUGUUGUCGGUUUCGUUGAUCAGGAAGACACCAUGCUGCCAACUCUUACUGUUCAUGAAACGAUCCUGAACAGCGCUCUCCUGCGCCUUCCGAGGGAGAUGAGCCGCCAGGCAAAGGAACAGCGCGUCUACGAGGUUGAGAAGCAACUUGGCAUCUACCACAUUCGUGAUUCGCUGAUUGGAUCUGAAGAAGGCAAGGGGCGCGGUAUCUCUGGCGGAGAGAAGAGAAGAGUAGGCAUCGCCUGCGAGCUUGUCACGAGUCCAUCAAUUCUCUUCCUCGACGAGCCCACUAGUGGCCUCGAUGCCUACAACGCCUAUAAUGUCAUUGAGUGCCUGGUAAACCUGGCCAAGACAUACAAGCGAACCGUCAUAUUUACAAUUCACCAACCCAGAUCCAACAUCGUAGCUCUGUUUGAUCGCCUGAUCCUUCUUGCUCAGGGGAAAACAGUCUACUCCGGCCCAUUCCAUCAGUGUCAAGACUACUUUGACCGCAUUGGCUACGCCUGCCCACCGGGCUUCAACAUUGCCGACUAUUUGGUUGAUCUCACCAUGCAUGCAGGCACGACCACUUCUUUUGAUGAUGGCUCCAUCUCUGCAGACGUGGCAAGUGUUGGGCCUAGCAGCACCCGCGCGGUCAAAUCAAUCGCCAGCAUCUCUGGUGGCAGCAUUGGUGAAGACAGUGGCGCCGAAGGCUCCUCAUCCACGAGGCCGAAGAACAAGCGUCGAGACUCGGUGAAGACACGCCAGGAAAGGGAACUUUUUACCAGGCGCAAGAACACUGUCGAUACGGCCGCUUCCUCUGAUGCCGGUGAGGAGAUUGGGGCUUACAGACUUCAAAAGCAACCCCACAAUACCGAGGCCUCACAACUGACUGCAGACGAUCCGCAUGACCUUCCGCCGGCUGCGUUGAGCGGAACAGAUCUGGACAUGCUGGUAAACUCCUUCCAGCAGUCAGACAUAGCUGGGAACACGCAUGACGAAAUUCACCAGGCAAUUGCUGGUGCCCGGAGCGCCAAUGGAUCCAACUCGAAUGGCUAUAGUACAGCUGGUCCAAACAUCCACACUAGCGUCAUGGGGAGAGGGUAUGCUCGUGUCAGCUACGCCCGCCAGUUUGUUAUUUUGUCACGAAGGACCUGGAUCAAUCUCUACCGCAACCCGAUGUUGAUGCUCAUGCAUUACGCCAUGGCGAUUCUCCUUGGAGUUCUGUCUGGAUUCCUGUUUUACGGCCUGACUAGCGACAUUGCCGGUUUCCAGAACAGAUUGGGUCUUUUCUUCUUCAUCCUUGCACUUUUUGGAUUUAGUACCCUGACGAGCCUGGCGGUUUUCUCCUCUGAACGGCUUCUGUUUGUCAAGGAAAGGGCCAACGGCUAUUACUCUCCGAUAACCUACUUCGCGGCCAAGGUCAUCUUCGACAUUAUUCCCCUUAGAAUCAUCCCGCCGAUCCUGAUGGGUUCCAUCAUCUAUCCGAUGACUGGACUGGUGCCCGAUGCUCCUCAUUACUUCACUUUCAUUACUGUUCUGGUCCUUUUCAACCUCGCCGCAGCGGCUAUAUGCCUUUUCCUAGGAAUAGUUUGCAAAGAUGGCAGUGUCGCGAACCUUCUUGGCAGUCUGGUCAUGCUGUUCAGCUUGCUGUUUGCCGGCCUUUUGCUUAACCAGAAUGCGAUUCCGGAUCCUGCAAAGUGGCUGCAAUCGCUCUCGAUAUUCCAUUACGGCUUCGAGUCACUGAUUGUUAACGAAGUCAGCCAUUUGCAACUGAUAGACAACAAGUAUGGCUUAGAUAUCACCGUACCGGGUGCCAGCAUUCUCUCAUCCUUCGGGUUUAACAACAAUGCCCUGUGGCCGGAUGUUAUCAACCUCGGCAUUUUUGGCGUUAUGUUCAUUAUUUUGGCGUACCUUGCCAUGCACUUCCUCCUGGUGGAGAGGCGUUAACCGGCGGGCAUGGUGGCUAUUGCCUAUCUGGACAUAAUUUGGGUACGUAGCAUAUAGUGGGAGGAUUGUUUUGCUUCCUUUCAUCAGUUUCCUAUUUCUUUGAUGUUUCGUUUGCGAUUUACUUUUCUUCAAUUUGCUCCCCACUUGUAACUCCUUUUGUACAUGAUGUGGAGGUAGUAAAAUAUAUGUAAUCGACUUCGUUUUGUUGACUUGUGCGUGGUUGUCAUUAGUUAAUCCUCAAAAGCCUAGCCUAGAUUAUGUAGGUAGUUUACUUGUGAUCUGUGAUGAACCAACUAUCAAGGCAAUAAAGCAUUUGCUGCCCAAGAUGCCAAAGAAUGGUUUAAAUAACGGGGCCCGAAAUGAUCGAUAAUCAAGCAUGUUCAAACCUACAGAGUUUUACACCAGUAUAAUUGUACAUAAUAAACAGAUAUGGUCAGCGUCAACCGGGCAAAAUGUAAACCG